UCAGUCCACAUUCAACCGUCGUCGUCGUGUGUACGAAAUUCUAAUAGAAUAUCGCGUGUGCAAUGUUCAAGUGAAUGAAAAAAGAAAAAACAAAUACAACAACAAAUAAUAAACACACACAAACAAAAACAACAACCAUUUGAGAAAUGCAUGUGCAAGUGUUUGAUUUGAAAAGAAAAAAUAACGAACGAAAUGACUGAAAUCUAACUAAAGAUCAGCUAAAACAGUUAGUCAAGUGUUUUAAAGUUAAACUUAAGACGUUUAAUAAAACAAUUGCUAGAGAUUAAACUGUUAAAUUUGAAAAAAAAAAAUAUUUAUUAAAAAACAAAUCAAUUUUAAAAACAAAGUGUUUUUAUUAGAAGUGAAUAGUGUUUUUAAAAAAGUUUUUCAAGAAAAAUCAAAAACAAAUGAUUGUUAAGAAAGGUAUUACCUUUAAAGCAUAAUAAUUAAAAAAAAAAAAAACUCUCUCACCCAAAAUGCACUGACAAUAUACACUAAUUAAUCAGUAUAAACACCAUAAUUUCCCCAAACAAUUAAAGACAAAACUUUUAAAAAAUGGAUUUAACAAAAGAUAUAAUUGAUUUUACACAGAAAGUAGACUACAGCGAUAAUAUAAAAAGUUCUGAAACUAAAAUACUAAGCGGUGAAGAUUUUAGUAUUUUCAGUAAUAUGGAAAAGAUCAGUAAAAUGGCACAAGAAGCCAAUGCUUUGAGUAGCAACGAACACAACGCCGAAAAGUUCGAAGCGAAAAUGCCGACGGCACAAUUACAAAAACCUACAACACCCCAACUAAUAGAGAAUACCGCCCAUGUGUCAUCCAUAAAGACCGCCAUGGGUAGAGAUAUAUCACCGCCACCUAGACCUUUAACCUCUAGCGAGGUGGUGGGUUUUAUAACAACUUUAGAUGAUCCCGAAAUGCAAUUGGAUCCAGCAGUAGUACUCAAUAAAUCUAGAUCUUUACCAGCUUCGCCCAAUCACUUAAAAACUACACAUAUUUCCGAUUUAUUUACAUUUAAGCCGGAAAAGCAAAGGGAAAUUCCCUUAAAACAGACUGGAUUUUUGUCUGACAAAAAGCUGAGUAAUUUAAUUAAACCCAAUGCCGAGGCAUUGACCCGCAAUAAUCAACAGUUUUGUUUGCGCUGGAAUAACUACCAGACUAAUCUUACCAAUGUUUUUGAUGAACUGUUGCAAAAUGAAUCAUUUGUCGAUGUGACUUUAGCCUGUGAGGGCCAAUCAAUUAAGGCACACAAAAUGAUUUUAUCGGCUUGCUCACCCUAUUUCCAGGCCUUGUUUUAUGACAAUCCUUGCCAGCAUCCUAUUGUUAUAAUGCGUGAUGUACGAUGGCAGGAGUUAAAGGCUUUAAUGGAAUUUAUGUAUAAGGGAGAGAUCAAUGUUAGCCAGGAACAAAUUAAUCCUCUAUUGAAAGUGGCUGAAAUGUUAAAAAUACGCGGUUUAGCGGAGGUUAGUCCUAAUGGUAAUGGCAUGGCGGCUCAACAGUUAAUACCCGAACAGCGUAUGACAGUAUUUGAUGAUGAAGAGGACGAAGAAGAGGUGGCAGCUAAAAAUGAUGACAAUGACGAGGAUAAAGUGGAGUGUUCUAAAGCCAAACGGGCUAGAAUACAAAUUUCGGCUAAAACUACUUCGGCUUUAGAUUUGAAGUUAGCGGAACAGAGAGUACGCAAGCGUUCUAGAGAUGGUUUACUGAUCGAUGAGGAACGCUUAAGGACACGUUCCCUGUCACGUUCACCCUCACCACAAAACAGAGAAAAAUUUACCGAAUCAACGACACCUCCACCCAUAGUAAUGACUGCUUCUACCAUAGUGCGAAAUCCUUUUGCUUCUCCAAAUCCCAGCAAUCAACCGGCGGCUACUAAUGCUAGUGCAACUUCAACAUCGUCUUCCUCCUCAAGUUCUGGUUCGGGUUCAGCUACAUCGGGAUCCUCUGUGUCGUCCACACCAGCAGCAGCAAGCUACCGUGCCAGAGAGAGAAGUCUAUCGCCAUCCCUUAUGACAGCUCAUCCUGGAACCAGCAGUCUAUCAUUAGCUUCACCUAACAGUAGUUCCACCACACCACAAAUAUCUAUACAUCCGCAUCCAGCUGCUACAGCGGCGGCAGCAGCUGCCUUAGCAAAUCCACAUCACCCCCACCAUCAUGCGGCAGCAGCGGCUCAACAGUUUGCCGCCCAACAGCAGCUUCAUGCUGCCCAUUCGCAUGCCGCCAUGGCCAGUGCUUUAGGAGCUUCCUUGGCAGCAGCAGCUGCUGGUGCGGGUUCAGCUUCCGCAGGUCCCACCAGUAGCGCCGGCUCAUCUUCACAUCAUGAUGAUAUGGAAAUUAAACCUGAAAUUGCCGAAAUGAUACGUGAAGAAGAAAGGGCAAAAAUGAUUGAAAGCGGACAUCCUUGGAUGGGUGGUGCCUCAACCUCAUCGGUAACCGACAGCUAUCAAUAUCAAUUGCAGUCCAUGUGGCAGAAAUGUUGGAAUACUAAUCAGCAAAAUCUGGUGCAACAAUUGAGAUUUCGUGAGCGCGGACCAUUAAAAUCGUGGCGUCCCGAAGCUAUGGCAGAAGCCAUUUUCAGUGUAUUAAAGGAGGGGUUAUCUUUGUCACAGGCCGCUAGAAAAUUUGAUAUUCCAUAUCCGACAUUUGUUUUGUAUGCAAAUCGUGUGCAUAAUAUGUUGGGUCCUUCGUUAGAUGGUGGUUCGGAUCCCAGACCUAAGGCUAGAGGGAGACCGCAGCGUAUAUUGUUGGGCAUGUGGCCGGAAGAUUUAAUACGUUCGGUUAUAAAAGCGGUGGUGUUUAGGGAUUAUCGUGAAAUAAAGGAUGAAAUGGGCGGUUUGCCGUUUGCCAAUGGACAACCACAUGUGGCCAUAUUUGGCUCUUCGCCUGGAGGUUCGGCUAGUGUUUCUAAUGGUUUCCAUAAUGCUGCCAAACUAGCUGCACAAAGCUCUGGCAUGGCUCAAGAGUCCACCAGUCCCCUUUCUACCAUGACUGAAAACUUAAGGCGUCAAAUAAUGUCACAACAACAACAGUCUCCCAUAUCACAAUCGAUGAACAUGUAUAAAUCGCCUUCGUAUGUACAACGUUCCGAAAUCGAAGAACAAAUAUCUGGUGUAAGUUCUAAACAACAUGCUGAUCGUCGUGGUUCAGAAAAUUUACCAGAUCUUAGUGCUUUGGGUCUUAUGGGUUUACCUGGACUAAAUGUUAUACCCACUGGAGGUUCACGCAACACUCAAAUGCACUCCAAUACAGCAGCAGCAUUUUCAAGAGAACGCGAACGUGAACGCGAGCGUGAAAGAGAUCGUGAACGAGAAAGAGAACGCGAUAGGACUCGUGAUAGAGAACGUGAAAGAGAACGAGAACGGGAGCGCGAAAGAGAACGGCAAUAUAGCAAUCAAUCACGCGGCUCAGCAGCGGGAGACUCACAAAAAUCCACAGGCUCUGCUUCUCCCUAUUCCCAAAUGAAAAUGAAAGAACAUCCCAACUAUGCCUACAACAAAAGAUUUCUAGAUAGUUUACCACCCGGCAUAGAUUUCGAGGCCAUAGCUAAUGGUUUACUGCAGAAAUCCACCAACAAAAGUCCGCGUUUUGAAGAUUUUUUCCAAGGUCAAGAUAUGAAUGAUCUAAUGACAGGCCCCGAGUCAGCAAGUGCCGGUGCACAUUUUCCACCGCAACGAGAAACAAAUCUUAUGAAAAUCAAAUUGGAACAUCAACCCACAGAGCUGCAACAUGAGGAUUGAUUCAACACAAAGGAGCUGUAAACGAAGGACUUUUGUAAUCAUCAUUUUAUAGGAUGAUUGGAAAGAAAAAACAAA